AUGGUUUUGUGGAACACUGGGUAUAAAACCCCAAAGUGGCUAUGCUACCCUGUAAAACUGUUUGCUACCAGGGUGGUUCAUGGCCAAGCAGUGAUCAGUGUCUUUAUUUACUGUCUUAGAAUUCUACAUAUUUAUGCAGCUAAAGGUAUGAGGGCGUAUACAUUGGCAGCUGCAGAGCGCAUGAAAUUGCUGCGAAGACUUGAUGCCAAGGAACACAGAGGAAAGACUCCUCUGCUGGUGGCCGUCACUGCCAAGCAGCCAGCUAUUGUCUAUGAUUUGAUCCAGACAGGAGCAGAUGUCAAUGCUGUAGACAACAAAGGGCAGUCGGCUUUACAUCUUGCUGCAACGUAUGGGUAUACUGAAGUUCUUCAGGUUAUACUGUCACUAGGUUUCCCUCUUGAUUUAGAAAUGAAGGAUUUUGAAGGCCAUACCCCACUCCACUGUGCUGUUGUGGCCCACAACGCCCUGCUCCGGGAGCAGGGUUGCCAGACAUUGACGGAGGAGCAGCAGAGAGAUCUUCAGCACCAGAGCAAAGAGCUGGAGUCCUGUAUCCACCUCCUGGUGCAGACAGGAGCCUCCAUCUACAGCCGGGAUGUGAAAAGCAACAAGACAGUUCUUCAUUAUACAGUCCAGGAUGGGAACAUCUCCCUGCUCAGAUACUUCUUGGAGCUGAAUGCUUUCAAGUCCAAGGACUUUGUCAACAAUAAGGCACAUGGCAACACAGCUCUGCAUAUGGCAGCUGCAUUGCCUCACGACAAGAACCAGAAAGAAAUCAUCCAGCUGCUCCUUGACCAUGGGGCAGAUCCAAGCAUCCGAAACUUAGACAAUGAUCAGCCCGUCCACAUGGCUCCUUCUGGAAAAGCUGGGGAUCAGGUUAGGCAUUUGCUGAAGAAAGGGAAAGUUGCAUCUGCGUUCAUUUCCUGUCACCAAAAUGCCAGAUCCUAG